AUGGAUUUUACAACAAUUAAUGGUAACAAUAAUAAUUAUCAAAAACAAAUUGAGGAUACUAAUUGGGCAGAAAAUGAUUUAAAUAUUAUUGAUGGACAAACAAUUGAUGAAUUAUUUAAACAAGGAAUUGGAUUAACUUAUAAUGAUUUUAAUAUACUUCCUGGAUUUAUUGACUUUGUUGUAACUGAUGUAGAUUUAACAACAAAUUUAACUAAAAUGAUUAAACUUAAUACACCCCUAGUUUCUUCCCCAAUGGACACUGUGACUGAGAGCGAAAUGGCUAUUGCAAUGGCGGACCAAGCAGCUGAAAUUAUUAAAGUAAAAAGAUAUAAACAAGGAUUUAUUUCAAGUCCUCAAUGUAUUCGUGAAACUGACACAAUUUGGGAUUUGAUGGAAAUUAAAAGGAAAUUUGGUUACUUCAACAGGAUAUGUCGGGUCAAAAUUACUUGGUUAGAAAGAUUGGUUACUUCUAGAGAUAUAGACUUUAUUAGAAGGGAGAAUUAUGCAACUACAAGAAUUGCAGAUGUAAUGGUUCCAAGGGAUCGUUUAAUUGUUGGAAAACUUCCAAUUGUCAAUGAAAAUGAUGAAUUAAUAUCUUUAAUUGCUCGUUCUGAUUUAAAAAAGGCGAGAGAAUUUCCUCGAAGUUCAAUUGAUAAUAAAAAACAAUUAAUGGUUGGGGCAGCUGUAAAUACAAGAGAAGGGGCUAAAGAAACAAUUAAAGAAUUGGUUAAAGCUGGAGUUGAUGUUCUUGUUAUUGAUUCUUCUAACGGUGCAAGUAUAUAUCAAUUAGAAUUACUUUCCUGGAUUAAACAAAAUUUUCCUGAAUGGCCACAAGUAAUUGCUGGAAAUGUUGUAACAAUGAAUCAAGCUAAAUUACUUAUUGACGGAGGGGCAGAUGCUUUACGUGUUGGAAUGGGUAGUGGAAGUAUUUGCACAACACAAGAAGUUUGUGCUGUUGGUCGUGCACAGGGUUCUGCUGUUUAUAAUGUUUCUCGAUAUGCAAGAUUAAGAGGAGUGCCAGUAAUUGCAGAUGGAGGAAUUAGAGAUAUUGGUUAUAUAACAAAAGCAAUGGCAUUAGGCGCCUCAACUGCAAUGAUGGGUGGAUUGUUGGCUGGAACAAACGAAGCUCCAGGCGAAUAUUUUUGGGGCUCAACAGGUGUACGUCUAAAGAAAUACAGAGGAAUGGGUUCUUUGGAUGCUAUGGAGACAAAUGCUACAAGUCAAGAAAGAUAUUUUACAGGUGGAAAUGAAAAUAUAAAAGUGGCACAGGGGGUUUCUGCAGCUCAACGUGAUAGAGGUAGCUGUUUCAAAUAUGUUCCAUAUAUUAUUCGUGGUAUCCAGCAUGGACUUCAAGAUAUUGGUGUUCGUAAUUUUGAUGAAUUAAGGGAAUUGACAGUGGAAAAAUUAGAUUGGAACGUCGAACACAUAAUGCACAACUCGAAGGGGGAAUACAUUCAAUACAUUCGUAAAUAUUACUUUAAAAAAUAA